AUGGCUGAAGUUAUCAAUCCGACAACUAGACCCUCACUCCCACUUAGUGAUCACCAGACCAACGAUUCAGCCAACGAUGAAAAUACGGCACCAUCUACCUCUACUGCACCCACUAGCAACGGCCAGAAUGUCACCGUCUUCCACGAUCCCGAGAACUUCAAUGUCAAGCAUCCUCUGCAGAAUCAGUGGACACUCUGGUUCACCAAGCCACCAACCGGCCGAGGUGACAACUGGAAUGACCUGCUGAAGGAAGUAGUGACCUUUGACUCGGUGGAGGAGUUCUGGGGAGUUUACAACAACAUCGCCGCUGCCUCCCAACUCGCCCACAAAUCCGACUACCACCUCUUCAAACGCGGUGUGCGUCCCGAAUGGGAGGACUCGCAGAACAAGCACGGCGGCAAGUGGUCUUACCAGUUUAAAGACAAGAAAGGAAUCGACAUCGACGAGCUGUGGCUCCAUGCACAACUAGCCGCCAUCGGCGAGACCCUCGAAGAAGACAACGACAACGAAGUCAUGGGCGUGGUCAUCAAUGUUAGGAAGGCAUUCUUUCGGAUUGGGCUGUGGACGAGGACGGUCGGCAAAGCCAAGGCCGGAGAUGGUGCUGGGAAAGAGGCGUUGAUGAAGAUUGGGCAGAGGUUCAAGGAGACGAUGAAGCUGGGGCCGAACGAACAGGUCGAGUUUAGUGGACAUACGGAUAGUGCGCAUGCGGGCAGUACAAGGGCAAAGGCGAAGUUCGUUGUCUAG